AUGGAAAGCAAGAUAGUGGAACUUGGAUGGAGGACCCUCUGGUCUGCCGCGGUCCCAGAUGAAUUGAAACAAGAAGUGGAUUGCAAAAGUGGGUCACUUCACCAACCCACCAUUGACAAGAACAAUGAUGCUAUGUGCCCUCCAGUGUUUGAGAGCAUGUUUGACCAGGUGAAGCUGCUUCUCAUGGCGUCUCCCUUGCUGCUUUUGCUACUUGUUCAGUGGUUUUCCAAUGAUGAUCAUCAAUACGGCAGGAGGCUUUCCUACUACCUUCCAUUGCCAGAGAAGGACUCUCUCCAUAGGGCUGGUGGAACUCCUUGGGGAUACUAUCCUAGUCUUGGAGAACAAGACUCCCAACUGUCAACUGCCUCUUGA